AUGGGUCCAAGAGAGAACUCUCCAUACUUCAAGUACAAGAAUGGUCUCGAUCCCCAGCUAAUACGCCUGGGAUCGCUGACUCUCGGCUAUGCCAACCCUCGUCUCGAAGAACCCUACAAUCAUGCCGACAUUUUGGAAGCUGAAUCCUCGAAGUUGAUGACUAUCGACGACCGAGAACAAUGUUUCAUACUCAUCUCCAAUAAAAUGUCAGGAUCCAGCUUAGGCGGCCUAAACAAAGGUCCCAACUCUAUCGUCAUCGGCCUCUGCCAAUCCCAACUCUUCUCCGUGACCACAGCCCCCGAGCUCCAAAGUGCACUCUCCCACAUCCUCUCCCUGAUAACCAAAGCUCGCAAUGGCUACCCACACAUGGAUAUGAUAGUAUUCCCCGAAUACAUGCUCCACGGCCUCAGCAUGUGCACUGAGGACUCCAUCCUCUGCUCCCUCGACGGCCCCGAAGUCUCAGCUCUCAAGCUACGCUGCGCCGAAGCCAAAAUCUGGGGAUGUUUCAGCAUCAUGGAGCGCAACACACUUCUCCCUUCCGCACCGUGGAAUACUGGGAUCGUGAUUAAUUCCUCUGGCGAAUUGGUGAAUUACUAUAGGAAAAUGCACCCGUGGGUCCCUGUUGAACCUUGGUAUCCUGGAAAUCAAGGGAUUCCUGUCUUCAAAGGACCGAGGGGAGUGCCAAUGGCGCACAUUAUUUGCCAUGAUGGGCAAUUUCCUGAGAUGGCUCAUGAAGCGGCGUAUAAAGGUGCCGAGAUCUUGCUUCGUACAGCGGGUUAUACGUCUCCUAUCAAAAACUCCUGGGAGAUCACGAAUCGUUCCAAUGCGUUUUGUAAUUUGAUGUGGACGUGUAGUGUAGCUUUGGCUGGGAGCGAUGGGACAUUUAACUCAAUGGGAGAAGCUAUGUUUUGUAAUCCAGAGGGAGAGAUCGUGAGGAAAGGAGAUGGGGUUGCUGAUGAGAUCUUUGCUUGCGGGAUUGAUAUUCGGGAUGUGGGUGAGAAGAGACAGCAUUGGGGAGUGGAGAAUAAUUUGUAUCAAUUUGGACAUCGGGGGUACACGGCUGUGGAAGGAGGGGCGGGAGAUUGUCCGUAUAGUUAUAUGCAGGAUUUGGUCGCGGGAAAGUAUAAGCAGGUUGAGGAAGAGAAGGUUCUGGUUACAGAUGGGACGAGUUGUGGAUUUGAAAAGCCCACAGCAGCAUACACUGUCGAUUAA